AUGGAGGCGGCCGGAAAUCUACGCAAGUGCCACAACUGCAGCCAGACGGGCCACAUCCGUCGUGAUUGCCCCGAAGCUCCGUCAUCUGAGGGCGGCUUUGGUGGCUAUACCAGUGGUGCCCCAUGCUUUGGCUGUGGCAAGGUGGGCCACCUGAAACGAGACUGCCCUACAAGCACCAACGGCCGCGCGUGCCAUAACUGUGGCCAAGCUGGCCACAUCCGUCGAGAUUGCUCCGAAGAAGUGCAGCCGCCCAAGUGCCACAACUGUGGGGAGGCAGGACACAUCCGUCGCGAUUGUCCUCAGGACUUGCGUGAGUCGCGCAAAUGUCAUCAUUGUGGACAGGGCGGCCACCUCCGUCGUGACUGCCCUGAUGACAGCGGCCCGAGCGAGGACAAGUGCUACCAAUGCGGUGAGAACGGCCACUGGGCCCGGAAUUGUCCCGGUGCCGUUGAGUAA